AUGGAAGACGAACUGCGGUGCCCGGUGUGUAAGGAGCUCUUCCAUAACCCCGUCCUCAUGCCAUGCUACCACGCGCUCUGUCUCAAUUGUGCCGUAGCUUUGACAGUUCCCGCGGCGAACAACGGAGGAGCCCAGGAACCUCUCGCAGAAGAGAUUGACAAACUGUCCAUCCUCAGCGAGACAGACAGCGGAGUCGUCUGCACCAGUAGGCCGAACAGCUACGUCGGCACCCCGAACAUACAGGGUAUACUCUUCCCUCCGUUGACUAGUUCUGCCCUGGCAUUAGCCUGCCCAGUUUGCAACAAGACUGUCUACUUUGACGAGAACGGAGCUCACAACUUGCCGAAAUACAAGGCUAUGCAGAACAUCGUUGACAAGUACGGAGAAUCGAAAGAGCUGAGCCCCAAGUGCGAGCUGUGCAAGGAACCGGCAAGACAAGCGACUGUCCUGUGCGAGCAGUGCGAAGUGCACUACUGCGACGAGUGCAGGGAGAACUGCCAUCCGGCCAGAGGGGGCCUGGCGAAGCACACCCUGACGGCUCCCGGUAGGGCCGCCCUCAGGACGAGGGACACCGCCAGGGAGAUCCUCUGCAUGGACCACUCCGAGGAACCGCUGUCCUACUACUGCAUGCUCUGCAAGCAGGCCGUCUGUGCCCACUGCAGGGAUGUCCGCCACGCCAGCCACGACGUACAGGCCAUCAACACCAUGUGCAAAGCCCAAAAGGUCAGUCGUCUGAGCAUAUUUGUAAAUAUCAGUAGUGUAUUGGAUAGGUACUUGUAUUCCUCAUUACCUUACCAUCAUCGAUGCAAAGCAUGA